GGCGUGUUAUUUCUCCCGGGACAGCGCUCUCUCUCUCUCCAUAAAAACUGUAUCUCGUUCUACCUGUAUCACCUUUGAAACCGCCGGGAAUUACACGUUCUACGAUGGCGCUCCAAGCGAGGGCUAUCGUCGCGUCCAAGUGGCUUCUCGAUGCCGUCAAAGACCAACGGGUUGGACCCAAACUCCGCGUCUUGGACACGUCUUGGUACUUACCCAAACUCAGGCGCAACGCCAAGAGCGAAUUCAAAAAGAGGCAUAUCCCGGGUGCAGCCUUCUUUGACAUAGACCAGUGCUGCGACAAAACUUCUCCGCUAGAUCAUAUGCUGCCAUCGGAGCGCAUUUUUGCAGAUUAUGUUGGAAAUUUGGGAAUUGGGAACGAUACGCACGUCGUGGUCUACGAUGCGAGCAAUUUCGGCGCGUUCUCUGCGCCCCGAGUUUGGUGGAUGUUCCGAGUGUUCGGCCACAGUUCUGUAUCGGUUCUGAAUGGAGGACUCAAAAACUGGGCGAACGAGGGACUUCCAGUGAGUGACCGGUACUCCCGACCCGAGCAGACGGAGUUUAAGGCCUCUUUGAACCGCUCCUGGGUGAAGACGUACGAGGACAUCCUGGAUAAUCUGGAUAGUAAAGAAUUUCAGGUGGUCGAUGCCAGACCAGUGGGGAGAUUCAAAGGGGUGGAUCCAGAACCCAGAGACAAUACUGAGCCAGGCCACAUCCCCGGCUCCAUCAGCAUGCCCUUCUCCUCCUUCCUCUCUCUGUCCGGUCACCUCCAUCCCCGUGAAGUCCUCCAGACCAUGUUCACCCAGGCUGGUGUCGACCUCUCCCGCCCGCUCUGCGUGUCCUGUGGGUCGGGUGUGACUGCCUGCCAUGUGGCCCUCGCCGCCCACGAGUGUGGGCACCCUGGGGUGUCGGUGUACGACGGGGCGUGGUCCGAGUGGUACACCCGCGCCGUGCCUGAGCAUGUGAUCUCAGUGGGGUUCGGGAAACACUCCCCUGUGUUUGGAUGAGAGGGAGGAAGGGAGAGGAACGUGUGAUUGGAUGAGGAGUGGAAGAGGGAGAGGGAAUGUUGAUUGGAUGAGGGGGAGGAAGCUCAUUGUGAUUGGAUGAUUAUUGGACAAUAGUUAGAAACUGCCUUACCCCCGUAGGCACAGAUCUAGGAUCAGCGUACUCUCUCCAAAUCCUAAAGGGGAAAUGUAAAUCUGGCCUUAGGUCAGUGUCUUGGGGUAACUGUAUCCUACUGUUUGGACAAGAGGGGGGUUGGUGACUAUCACAAGGGAAUGUUUGGAUGCUGAUGUCAUAGGUCAGUUGGAGUUUGAAUUCACGUUAGUUAGUCAAUCUUUCAUUAGCCUUAUCAUUCACACACCUGCAAUGACAGGACUAUAAUUUCCUCAAAACACGAGGGGAAGUGGGUGGCCCCACUGGACAAUCCAGUAUCUCUGCUAAACAGUGUGUGGGUCUGGUCCUCACAUACAGACAGAUGGGGCUGAACCCCACAUGCGUACACAAACCUUAAGCCUUAAGACAUUCUGUAGUCAUAUGAAUGUAGUAAAUAUGGAUAUAAAUAUCAGUCAAUGUUGUAAUGUCACUGUGAUCUUUAAUUUGUUAAGAACAUGGUUGAAUUUUUGUAUGUAUCUGAUAUUAAAAAUAAGUUCUAUAAUAACUAUUAAACCUCUUUCUCUUUUAGCUAUAUAGAUAAAGCACCUGGAUAGGGUUGAAAUUGAUGUUCAUUACAUGUUAAAUAGUCUCUUUUUGUAGUUGCUUGUGGAGGAGAAAAGAGCCUGUGAAAAUAAACUACUUGUUACUCCAA